AUGUUUUAUGCUUGGUGUGGCUUUAAAGUAAAUUUAUUUCUGAAUCUAAAAGCGGAUCCAGAAGAACUGUUCACAAAACUGGAGAAAAUUGGCAAGGGUUCUUUUGGUGAAGUUUUUAAGGGAAUUGACAAUUGGACUCAGAAAGUGGUUGCUAUAAAAAUUAUUGAUCUAGAAGAAGCAGAAGAUGAAAUAGAGGACAUCCAGCAAGAAAUCACAGUUUUGAGUCAGUGUGACAGUCCUUAUGUAACCAAGUAUUAUGGAUCCUAUUUAAAAGGACCUUUUGGCCAGCUUCGAGUAAGGAUUUGUGUUUAAAAGAAAAGC